AUGGGACAACCGUCCUUCGAGGCGUCCAACGCCCUCGUCUACGUGACAUAUGGCGUAUUUUUGAUAAUGGGGACAGGCGUUGCCUGGAAGUUCAGGAACCAGAGCAAGGGCGAGUUCCUGGCGGGCAACAGAACUCAGACGGCUCUGCCGCUCGCCCUGAACUUCAUCGCGUCCGCCCUUGGAUCCGGUAUCCUUUUCGCUUACCCCCAGCUUGCGACGUUAGCUGGUGUUCAGGGUGUGGUUGUCUACGCCCUUUCUUCGGCUCUACCCUUGUUGAUCUUCGCUGCGCUGGGCCCCAUCAUCCGACGCAAAUGCCCUCAGGGGUUCGUUCUCACCGAGUGGACCAGGCAGCGGUACGGCACCGUUGCGGCCCUGUAUCUCAGCUUCAUGUCACUAGUCACGUUAUUUUUGUACAUGAUCUCGGAGCUGUCCGCCAUCGGGCAGGUGGUCAACCUUCUGACGGGCAUUGAUGGGCUGCCUGUGUUGAUCGUGGAAUGUAUCGUUACGACCAUCUACACCUCCGUUGGAGGGUUCAAGGUCUCUUUUUUCACGGACAAUAUCCAGGGAGCAAUGGUCAUGGGUUUGAUCCUCAUCGCCACUAUCACCAUCGGCGUCGAGACCAAGAUCGACACCAGCCUGAUUGAGUCCUCCGGCCUAACCAAACCCAGCCUCCUUGGAUGGCAGCUCCUCUACAUCCUCCCCGUCGCCAUCCUCACCAACGACUUCUUCCUCUCCCACUUCUGGCUCCGCACCUUUGCCUCCAAAACCGACCGGGACCUCUGGCUCGGCAUCUCCGGCGCCGUCGUUGGCGUGCUGGUGAUCGUGACGCUGGUCGGCUCGACGGGGUUGAUCGCCGCGUGGGCGGGCCUGUGGCCGGGGCCCGAGGACGCCCCCGUCGACGGUUCCGUCGCCUUCUUCGCCCUGCUCAUGCAGCUGCCCAACUGGGUUGUUGGUGUGGUUGUCGUCAUGGCUGUCACCCUCUCCACGGCGGCGUUUGACUCGUUCCAGUCGGCCAUGGUCACGUCGGCGUCGAAUGAUUUGUUUAGGAAUAAGUUGAAUAUUUGGUGGAUUCGCGCGGGGGUGGUGUUGGUGAUGCCCCGACCGGGUGACGAUGCAUGA